CACAAGCGACGAUCCCACGUGCGAUGUGUUUUUACAAAAACAAACCUAAGGAGGAACGAUACUGCAGCAAAAGCAGAAUGCAGAGGUACAUUCAAGUGGAGCAUUUCGUUAUUCCUACACAAAGAUAGGGAGCAAGGAUGCCCAAAGGUUGGUGGAAAAGGAAGCAUAUCGGGAAAUAUCUCCCGUUGAUCAGCAUUCCGGAAAUAAAGGACUACUUACGUUGGAUAGACUGGCUGGUACCAGAGCUAUUUCAAAAAACUUACAGUAACAUUGCAGACUCUUACAAAUUAUACAAGUGUCAUAAAAGGAGGCAUCGAUUUUAAUAUGUGCUACGAAAGUGGCUAUCAUUGAAAAAGGAUGCAGUCCCCACCAUUCACGCACCAGCACCAAAUGUGGAGGAAAUGCCCAAACGGAAGUCGGGUGCUUAUCAGAAGCGCGAAAGAUUGCAGCUAGUAAGCCCUCUUUUAACACCCCCUGCAUGGAUGGAACCUGAUGUGCCAGCUGCUGCUCCUGCAUCUGAUUUAGAUGAUGACAUUGACCUUGACAUCGCACCUGAGAACCUCCCUGCAGCUGCAGAGGCAAUGCCUGGCCCUUCUUUACCUCCGACAAUGACAGAAUCUGAAGCUGCACAAACGGAGCCGUGGGUGCCAGACACCGUUGAUGCUGCAAUGCAGUGCACUGAAGAAGAUGAGCCUUUCCACAAAAAGUCAAAGAUGGGCGAUUCAGUUUGCGAGGUCGACUUUGUUGGAGAUGAGGAUGGCGAGAUGGACUCUGAGGAUUCAGAGGAAGAAUGGUUCGACGAUCCAAAAGAUGAAGAUUAUCAUCCAUCAGAAGACCUCGACAUUGGCGAAAGUGAUGAGGAGGAGGAACUAUCAUGCAAGGCUACAUUUGAUGAAAUGAGCAGAGCCCAGAAAGUUCCCACUGGAUGAAAACAAGUAUAUUGUUUUUGAGUCGGCAAUCCUUGGGCUCCUUUCUGUUUGCAUGAGAUGUGGAGGGCCAAGCACAUGCUUCAAGAGAGUGUUGGGCACGAUGCUGACAGUUCGGGCUUUAUGUGACAAGUGUGGAUGCACAAGGGACUGGGACAGCCAACCUAAAGUAGCAGGGAGGCCCAUCUUCAAUGUGCUGUUGAGUGGAGCCAUCCUGUUCACAGGAUCACUUCCAACCAAUGUCCUGCGAAUGUUUCAAACCCUCAAAAUCCAGUGCGAUGUCUCGAGGACAUUCUACCGGCAUCAAAAGAAUCUGCUGCAUGAUGCCAUGCAGAAAACAUGGGAGAAAUGCCAGUCUGCCCUAUUCGAGUCUAUCAAAGAUAGGGAAUUGGUUAUAGGAGGUGACGGGAGAUGCGACUCCAAGGGCAAAACAGCAAAGUUUGGAUGCUAUGUCAUGAUGGAGAUGAACAUGAAGAAGGUUCUGUCAACGCAGCUGGUCCAGAAAAAUGAGGUUGCAAGUAGCUACCAUAUGGAGCUAGAAGGGCUGAAAAGAAGUGUUUCUUUGUUUGAUGGCUACAACAUCAAGGCCUCCAUAACUGACCGGCACUCACAGAUCCAGAAGUGGCUUCGUGAAAACUGGGCUGUCACUCAUUUGUUUGACUGUUGGCAUGUUGUUAAAGGACUCUGCAAGAAAUUGGAUGAAUUGGCCAAGAAGAAAGCCAGACGACCAAUAAAGGAUUGGAUUAAAAGUAUCCGUUAUCAUCUAUACUGGUGCGUCAUGUCAUCUCGCUUUGGAGAUAAGGAGGCGAUCGAGAGGAAAUGGUUGUCGUGUGUGGACCAUAUCCAAAACAAGCACGAGGGAUGUAGCCAUGGUCCACUAGAAAAACAGAAGGUGUGGUUACGAGAAGGUACAGAAGCAUGUGACAAAUGCGUGGAUUUGUUGACAAAACCAUAACUGCUGAAGGACAUAACGAAAAUGUCCCCUCUUGGGCAGACCAGUGGUGUGGAAUUCUUCAACAGCCUCCUGAAUCGUUUCGCACCGAAGAUGAUUCACUUCUCCUACAAUGGAAUGAUCAGUCGGCUAUGUCUCAGCGUGCUUCGAGAAUCUAAUGGAGGCUGUCAUUGCGAAAGAAAGCGGCACAUCAAGGCGAGCUACACAGCCAGAACCGGUUUCCUCUCAAUACGACAAACCAUGCAUCGAAGACGCUCUGAAAGGAAUUCGGAGUAGAUUUAUUGUCCUCCAAGUGACGAUUCGGACACAGAGUGUGUCACUUCUAAUGAUUCGACCAACAUGACCGAGCCAGUAGACCUGGAGUUGGAUGCAGCACCACAAUCACAGCAAGGUGGUCACAGUUGCAAAUGCAAGUCAGGGUGCACAACUAUGCGUUGUGGAUGCCGCCGCCAAGGACCUCAGUGUUCAUUAGCUUGUUCCGGAUGCAAGGGAGUUUGCCAAAAUAUUGUUUAGGACUUGAAUGGCAUGUGUACACAAAAUGUUCUGUAGGGGCCAUAAAUAAAAUAUUGUACGUUCAAUCCAACACUGGUGGUUCCUCUCGAUGAGGUUGGAAUCCUCGAAAUUGAAAUAGUUCUUCCUCACCUGGUGGAGGGAAGUGUGCACGAAUGCAAAGAACAGCACAAGAUGGAAGAACAAUUCUGUUGUUUUUCCCAACAUAUCCCCAUAACAGUCAGACUAAUUGUCUAUAGGCUAUAUGCCGAUACUGGGCAUGCUGUGGUCAAUUGAUUGCAUAAGCUCCAUACUGCUGCUUAUAGAAUAGCCAGGCAGUAUUUAGUGUCCAUGGAUUUAGGCAGACAGGUGUGAACCCCGGAUGAUCAGUGAUGCACUUCACCUCAUCCCCUCCUCCAUCAAGUUCCGCAAUUUUGUUGACGACUGGUUGCAUACUCAUGCAGCAUCGGCACUCUCUUACUGUUUCCAUGGGUUGACAAUUACCACAGGUGCACCUACAAGGAAGAACAUUGUAGAUUUGGGUCCCAAGUCGGAUCUUUUUUCUCACUGUCAUUCUCGUCAAUAAAUGAGAUUGACUCAUCUAAAUUGGAGGCAGCAAACUCAUCAUCCUCAUCGAUUCGCCUCUUCUGCGAAUGCUUGGGCCGUGGCGUGUGUAAUAUAUUAAUGUGUAGGAGGACAGAAAGAAGACAACUAGUAUGUAGUAAACGUGUUGGUGGAGACACCUAUAUUAAAUCAAAAGAACUACAACUUAAAGGUACUACAAUUAUGUGUAUACAGGGUGAUACAUAAUGAUUAUAUGAUAGGAAUAUCACAGCGUGGAACACCACGGAGGAUCCUCUGCUUUCUGUGGUGUGGUUGGCUUCUGUGUGGCCUGUAUUAUCGGGAAGUCUGUUAUGUCUGUGUCCUGACAGACCGAUAGUAUAUUUUGGUCUGGCAGGAACUGUUCACAACGUCGGGGGAUAUCUGGCAAUGGAUUGAUUUCUACUCAAGAAAUGUCGGGGGGAAAUUUGUCACAACCACUAGAAUUAAAAAAGGAAAGACACAUAUCAAAAUACAAGUUGCUUAACAAAGAAAUUUACUACAUGUACAAGUAAACCCUAAAUCACUAUAUCUACUUGUAAUUUCGAGCGAGAUAUUUCAAACUAUGAUCAAACUUAAAUGAAGAAAUGUCCCUUUGUAACAAACACGCCUUUAUUAAUUGUAAUCCUUCAGAUCUUUCGUGAUAAUGUAGCUUUAGCAUUCAUGAUGGUGAAAGGUAGUUCAUCUGAGCUGGUGUCAGCAGCUGCGGCGGUUCAAUCUGUAAUUAAUAAUCAUUGAAAUAAGCCUAAUGCUAAUUUACCUAAAGAUAUAAGAAAUGAGAAAUUGAUAUAAAUCGGCAACCAGAAUCAAACUUACAAAGCUGGGGACUCUAAAAUGUCUCUGAAAUAGUAUUGAAAAUCAUAUUGAAAAUAGUUUGACUUUGAGUUCUUAUAAUUAUCGUGAUGUUGCUUUCUUGGCUUCUAAACUCUCACUGCCGAUCGGGACCACACCGUGGACGCCUGUCCUACUUAAAAGGAGACUAUAUCCUGUUUAACAUAUAAAAUGGUCUUUUUUUUGUCUUAGCUGUACCAGUUACCAGAGUUUCAAAGAGAAUAACGUUAAUUAACUUUGUCAGAAAGUUCCUGUUGACGACGUGGUUGACGACCAUCCCAAAGAAAGAUGCUAGAAUUUUACGUCAACAAGUAAGAAGAAGUGUGGUAUAGGCCUACAUUGAUUUUGUCCGUAACACUACUAGUCCUAUUACUAACAAUUUAAUCUUGCAAGCCUCUUCAGCCUAUGCUUGGCUUCCAAUAGUACUUGUUCUGGAUCCGUCUGGACACCAAUUUCGUGAACCUCACUGGCAGGACUCAUUACUGGUAACAUUUCUAGUAGGGUGACAUCCGCAUCUGUGCCGGUACUCUGAUGACUAGCAGAAGCAUGACCUGCAUCAUAUGUUGCCAAAGCUUCUUCCACAAUCUGUUAAAAAAAGAGUUUAGGGCUUAAACUUUUCACCGCCAUCCUCUCGAGGGUAAUAAACCCCACACGCCACCCUCUCGAGCGUAAUUACCGAUAUAACGACUAGUUGAAUUCAAUCGGCCAUAACUUUUUUAUUCUUCAUUCAAAUUCAGAGUGUUAUACCUCAUUGGAAAGCUGAGAAGAUUGUCUAUUCAUUAGUGCUGAAAUAAACAGUAUUUAUUAUUAUAGGGGUGUAUAUGACAUAAGUGAACUUGAUGAAAAAAAAUUUCAAAAAAAUUUCAACUCACCACUGUUAGUCAUCUUAAACCACCAUUAUUUUCACUCCAGAAGGCUAAAUUACAAAGUCCAGCAUCAUUUAUAUAUCCCACUUAUCCAUAGUUAGUUAGUUUUCAGAUUGAAAUGGUACUCCAUCAAGCCAGGAACAAGAUAUGUCCCUUGAAGUGAAACACAAAUUUUGUCUUAAUUUUCUGCGUUUCCGAAAAUGUUCCACAAAAAUGAUCAACAUGUUUGUCAUAUAUCUAUGUACAUAUCCAUUGUUUUUAGAAUAAACAGUACAUAUUCUCAUCACUAUAUGUCUGUAAUUGUUCCUCUUUGCCAUACUACCUCCAAAAAUCCAGAUUAUUGUGGUAGGUAUGCCAACAUGUGGUGCCGCGUUUGACACAAAGCCAGAUUUUACACUUCUCACACCUGACACUGGUCUUUACUUUCUUAUGAGGGUUAUCCUUAUAUGAACAACCAGGGUGAGCUUUCAGAUAUCUAGACACAGCUGUUUCAGCUAGAAUAGAAAUGCAAGUUUAAUCAGGGAGGUGCUGGCAUGAAGGUGUUAAUUGCUAUACCCCAAUAAACAACCCAGUUCCUCACCCCAACCGCUUAAGGAUUACAUAAAAGGCCUGAAUCCACCCAUGUAUGCCCCUUAAGGCCUUUUUACACGGUGCUGGUUCAAGACAACCCUCCUGAACCGUCUCGAGGCGUGUUCGGUUCAGGACGGUUCUUUUCGCUUUUACACGGGGACGGUUCGACGAUCUGGCCUCGAUCCGGCUCCAGGCCGGUUCGUCACUAACAUCGUCGAUUGGUGGCGCUGAACAAUCUCCUGGCGGUGGAGGUACGAAAAUAUCACAACAACAUGGUUUACGAUGGCGCCGGUGAGAUGCAGAGUUUUUGCUUUGGUGGUGUUUACAGCAUUUGUAUGGAAGAAGAAAGCUCUUGCAAGAAGACGGACAAGAUAUGCAAUUGCAGAACCUCCACCUUCGUUUGUAGAUAGGAGUAAAAGGAGGAUACGGGCGUAUAAAUGGCAGAGAGACAGAAGAUCUGUUCGUUUUUUUCUUCUGCUGACCACAUUGAUCAGCCUGGAGCAAGCAAGACCGAUCCCAAUCCAAAGGUAGGCUAACUAGCCGUCUCUCCGUUGUUGUCAUUUCGCAAACGAGGACGCUGGAGUAGUAUUGCUGCCCUACAUUUCCAAGGACGUCAGGUUGAAUUGACACUGAGCUCAAGGUUCACAGACAGAGAUGAAAUCAAGACUAAUAUGCUUUGAUUAUCAAUCUGCUGUCUUUAUUUCAUGCAGAAAGGAAAGACGUACAGUACAACAAGUAAACUAAAUCUCUUUGAAUAGAAUAUCAAAACAGAACAUAUGAACUUUACUGUACUAAUUCAGCAGUAUCAAUAUAUGGUAUUGGUGUAAGCCGAUGUAUUAUGCUCUGUUCACAACUGUAUUACAGUAUCAGACCGGGUGCCAUUCGCCUAACGCAAUGUGAAAUUAUCCCCUACAUUUUCCAUCCUACUGCUUGAAACAUACACUGUAAAUCACUUGUUCCAACAGAAUUACGGGAUACUGCAACUCGCUGGGCUUUAGUUAUAACAACAAACUGGCUCAAAUAAGAUUUUGGGAGACAGGGCAUUUUCACCACUCAGGGUCAAAUUUACCAACAUUUACAGAACUGUAUUGUGCAAAUACUGUGAUUGUAAAUUUUUCAAAUAGAUGUUUUUUCUAUUUCACAUCAUUAUGGACAUUGCCAAGAAGUAUUCAUUGGUGGGAAUGCAUUGUAAAGGACAAAUUUACUCCCAAGCAGUGGAUGGAAAAUUUCAGGUGAGAAUUACAUUUUGAAACUAUAAACAAUACUACUAUUUUGGCAGUGGAAGACUAGUAAAUUUGGUACAAGUAUUGCAUUAUGAACUUACAUGUGUUAGAGACUUAAGUAGAAGAAAACAUGACAAUCACUUGCCAGGUUUGAGUAUCACAAUGUAAUGUGCAACAAAACAAUACGGAAUGACAAUAGGAAAAUAUGAUAUAUGUAUACCGAGUAUAAAAUCUUGCUUGAUAUGGACUAGUUCAUGAGUGAGAUUCAAACCAAAUAGUAAUAGAUGCCUUUACCCUACUUCGAAAAUCCCUGAGUGUAGGUAAUUUGAUAAUACAAAGGCAUAAACCAUACAUGCACGUCACCUGAACAAAAACUCAUUUAAUGGACUACAUACAAAAUUCAUGGACUAGUAGGUAUAUAAAAGACCCGUUUGAAAAGUAGUUGACAACACACAAGUGUGCCUAGCCAUACAUGAAGCAUUCAUGGUUGUAAUGAUUUUUCU